AUGGACCACCGCCCACAAGCCUGGGGCCGUCCCCGCGACGAUGUCUACGGUGCCUAUGACCACACGUACCUCAACCACUCGGCACCCAAGACCCACACUCAGUCGCCCGCCGUGACGGGAACCUCGGUGCUUGGUCUCAAGUUUAAGGACGGCGUGGUGCUGGCGGCAGACAACCUGGCGUCGUACGGCUCGCUGGCGCGCUUCAACGACAUCAAGCGGCUGCGGCCCUUCGCGGGCACGUCGGUCGUCGGCUUCUCGGGCGACGUCAGCGACAUGCAGUACCUGGACCGGCACCUGAACGAGCUGGAGAUCGACGAGGCCUACGGCGGCAGCGAGGCCACGCGGAGCGGCGACGCCGCGCCCGCCGGCGAGCCCGCCACCGACGCCGGCCACCCGCUGUCGGGCCUCUCCGCCGAGAACCUGCACAAGUACCUCGCCAAGCUCUUCUACGCCCGCCGCAACAAGUUCGACCCCCUCUGGAACCAGGUCCUGGUCGCCGGCUUCAGCGGGGCCACCAACAAGCCCUUCCUGGCCGCCGCCGACCUGCGCGGCACCGUCUUCUCGUCGCCCUCGCUCGCCACGGGCUUCGGCUCCAUGCUCGCCCAGCCCAUCAUGCGCAAGUACGCUGCUACUGAGGAGGACGCCGCUAAGCUCACAAAGGAGCAGGCCGUGGAGAUCGUCCGCGACUGCAUGAAGGUGCUGUACUACCGUGACGCGCGGUCCUGGGACGGCUACUCGCUCGCCGUCGUCACGCGCGAGGGCGUCGAGGUGAGCUACGACGAGAAGCUCGAGAACCAGAGCUGGGCCUUUGCGGACCGGAUCAAGGGUUACGGCACGCAGGAUGUGUAG